AGCAUGUUUCAGUUACAAGGGGGAGGAAAACACUGAGGACCUUGGCCUGCCAGGUUAAAUUAAAGAACCAAUCUCCCUGAUUUUAGCUUUCCACAAGUCACCGUCUCUACUUGCUCCUAGGUUUGCUAUCAAUGAGUGUCUUCUCACUGUUUAAAUGUGUUAACAGCAUGCUCUUUACCUCUGUUCAUAAGGCUCUUAAAGAACUUGCCCGAGUCAGUGAAGAAUUAUGCAGCUAUCAAGAGGAAAUUCGAAAGAAGUCCAAUCACAGAAGAAUGAAGUCACUUCCUUUCCUGAGGGAAUUUGAGGAAACCGAAAACACAGUUAUUCUGCCUGAGAUGAACCAUGCGUCCAGCAAUGAAUCACAGACUUCAGUUGCUUUUGAAACAGAGGAACAUAAUAAUAGGAAGAAUCUAAUGAGCUCCACCAGGGCUUUGAAGGACAUUUCUUAUGGUAGUCUUACUAGUGACAAAGGAACAGAUUUCAGACCUUGGCAAAAGAAAGAAGCUCCACCAGUUCCUCCACGGAGCACUUCUCGGCACCUAGCAAACUCACUUUCUGCAGUUGUACAGCUUUCAGAAGCACCCAUAAGAGAUCCAGGCAUCAAAAGCAAUUGCAAGGCUCAGGAUUGCUGGAAUGGGGGGAAACUGAGGAAUCCUUCACCUGUCAAUAAAAAUAAAUCUGCAGUAGCCUGUGCAAAUGAAGGGCAGGCUGUGAAAGUCCCUGUGAUGGUAACUGCUGCAAUACCUGUAACCAAAAAUGAGUGCAAUGUUCCAGCAAGUUUCUGCCACAACACAUGGGCAUAUGAUAUAGGCAAACUUGGAAAAGACAAUAAAAAUGAGCCUUCCCCACUGUCAGCCCAAAAGAGUUGUUCAGAUGGAAAUAUGGCCCAAAGCAACAAGAUGCAUCAGAAACAAAACACCAAGUCUCACAGCAGCCCUUUUUACAUUAAUGACUUUAAUGCCCCUGCUACCUUGCACAAUGAUCUUUUGGAAGACACCAGGUAUAUUUUGGGAAAGACCCAAAGAAAUGAAAUGCUAGCAGCAAAGAUUGAUGAGUUUAAUCGGACUGUAUUUCACACAGAUAAACGUAACAAUGCUCUGCAGGAAAACCAGGUGCCUCAAACAGCAUCAGAAGAUCACAAACCCUGUGGUUCACUGUGUGAUUCUGCUACUAGCAGGGCAGAAACUGUAAAUACGUCUUGUGUUUCAAAUCCCAAGCUCUCUCCACCAAAGGAGCAAGAAACUAACAACCCCAGCAAAGCUGUCAGGACAGCAGGGCAACAAAAACAUGUGAAUGGACUUCCAAAUACUAGUGGUUAUAGACACAUGCUUCAUGAGCAUGACUGGAGACCAAGUAAUUUAUCCGGUCGCCCGCGUUCAGCUGACUCAAGGUCAAACUAUGGUGUUGUUGAAAAGCUUUUGAAAACCUAUGAAAAAUCAACAGCGACUUCUCCGUGUAAUGCAAAAUGCUGCAAAGAUAAGUGGACACGGGCAAAUUCUGAAUUCACCAAUGAGGGUUGCGAGACACUGAGUCAGUAUUUAGAAAUGCUCCAGAUUGAGCAAGAAAAGCAAGACUUUCCAAGGAAUUCAGCCAGGCAUAUUGGGCAGCAGUUCAAGCAAGGAAAAGAGAGACAGAAGUUACCAGAGAUAUGUGUGCCAGCUAAAUGUUCAAGUGAGAAGGGCUUCUCCCGUCCCGCUCGGCCAGCAAAUCGACGCCUACCUUCCAGAUGGGCAUCCAGAUCCCCAUCAGCACCACCCGCUGUGAGAAGAGCAGUGUACAACUCAGUCUCCUUUCGGUCAGAGACCUCAGUAGUCUGAACCCAGAGUUGGGUUGGAUGCUAUUAUGAAAGCUCUAUGCCUCACUGUAACUGUGUUUGGUACGUGUCGUAGCAACCAGUUCCACACUGUUGUGUUUUGUCCAAGAGUGACCCCCACCACAUGCCGGACAAAGUGUUCUGAAUCUUAGGUCAUCAUCACCAUGGUCUUCAGUGUUUUUAUUGAGAUGAAAUAGCGAUAUCCCUGGUUUUCUCUGGGUCUUUUUGUUUUGGUUUGGUUUUUUUAAUAUUUCACAAGGAAUUUCUUUUGAAUGGCAUCUUUCUUAAUUUGCCAAACAAUUUUGAGUUGAAACAAUGUAUAGUGCUGUAUAUUCUGACUUUUCUGCAAACAGCAGAACGUAAAGCUGUAUGCAUGAUCAUGUGUUUGUAGGUGCAUGUGUUGGACUAGGAAGUAUACAGGCCUGUAUUUAGAAGAGACAAACUGUGCUAGUGUUGACAUUGAAAUUACAACCUAUAUGCCUACAUAUAUAUAUACUUUGUGUUUAUUUUAAGAAGUUUGAAAUAUACAGUCCUGAUGACAUUUAUAUUUUGUAUAUCUUUUACAUAGGUUCACAGGUGUAGUAUUUAAUGUAAAAAAACUAAAUAUGCAUUUUUGUGACUGAUCGCAGUGAUAAUGCCUUGCACAAUAUGUAUCUGAAGCAGACUAGCUUGACUGAUUUGUCAGUCAUGCUUCAUGGCAUCCUUGUUCAGAUUCCUAACCCUAAUGCUAGGUCAGAAUUCCCAAACAUAUUUUUUCUGAAUUAAAAUAUUAUAUGAUUUGUAAUACAUUAGCCUUUUUCAGCACCAGAGACAUUUCUGAAAUGUUCUAAACCCUUUACAAAGCUUAAAUGUGCCAUUAUAUAAAUAGCAUACUGUAAACACUUUGGUAGAUUCAGUUACUGUAACAUACAAUUUAUGAAGGGAAGAAAAGAGUUGUAUAUGCUCAAUUCUGUAAAACUUAUUUUUCCUUCUAGCAUUAUACUUUGAGGUUUGGCAAAGUCAGAUAACAAUGGACUUGCUUAAUUUCACUCAAGGCAGGAGAACAAGCACCAUUGUUCCCAGUGCUGCAGUCACACUCCUUUUUUACUCUUCUCCUAGACUAGAGUGCCUGAGCCACUUGCUAAUUCCCUGCUCCUGGACUGACAUGGCAGUCAGUCAUGAUGUUUACUUGCACUGGCAACAAGCUGCAUCUACUAGGGAAGUAUUGCAAUGAGAUAUGAUCACAAUGGUGCCCGAAAUCCUGACACAUGGCAUUGCAACUCUGGUGUUGCCAUCGCUUGACUUGGUAUUACUUGCCAUCUGAAUGACAUGCACAGAGCCUGGCUUGUUCCUUCUCACAAUGUGAAAGAAGUAUGGAUGCUGUCCAGGCUCUGAACUUUCAGAAAGACAGUGUCCUUCAUCCUGGAUUUUUUUCAGCUUUUGUUAGGCUGUUGCUGGAUACACAGUGCAGUAAUGACAAUAAAUGUUACCUUUAAACAUUAUGUCUAGGUCAAAAGGAGUAAAGAGGCACUUCUUCAACAUCAGCCUGAUCUUGUCUGGCAACUUUUCUUCUUCUUCUGGAGAAACACAGUGUGUUCAAAGGAACUUCAAAAAUCAUCCCGGGAUCCAUUAAUGUGCGCAUCUUCUUAUGUGAAUGUAAAAAGGAUUUCAGAGAGAGUAUAGGGUUUUGUCCUAGUGAAUUUGUAUAUGUGGCAAUAUAGGGAAAAUUUAAUGUGCUUUAUUUGGUAGUGAGCAGUUGUUCUACUCCAGUCAUGUUGAGAAUUCACACCUUUUUCCUUCCUUUAAGGACCUUAUUCUUCUUUCCUCUGCACAACUUUGAUUUUGAAGAGAGCGAAAACAGGAGGCCAUGUGUUCUGAGCAAUAGCCUAUAUGGUAGUAUUGGUAACAGUUCAGGCUUGCCAAUACUGGAGUGAGCAGGCAUUAGAGCCGUAAAUCUUAAUUUAUCAUGCCAUUGUGGCUAUCUGCCUGGCAAAAACUACAUUCAGAAUAAUUUGGUCUAUCUAGACUUCUGGUCCUUUGUAGGUCUAUCCCACAAUACAUGAAGACAAAUCAACAAUUCAUCAAAAUUUACUCAGACAUUAUUGCUGGAAAAGAUACAAGAACAGAAAAUCUUAAAGAAAAUUCAUACAGGUUGGACAGAGACAAAAAUCUGUGUGCUAAAGUGAAAAAUCAAGAGUCGUAGAAAUUUUUUCUGUUUGCCCUAAUUUACAAAUUGCACUUCAUUAGCUUCCUCAGAACUAGAAAAAUUAGACCUGAUUCAUGGUAAAUUUUGAACAUGGCUUAAUAUUCUACUUAACUAUGGAAAUUAGCAACCCAAAAAUACCUUGCAAAUUGACCUUUUGAAUACCUAAGUAGCUGACCAGCUUUGAAUGCCUAAUGCUGAGGAAAGGGUAAUAUAAGAGAAUCGUAAAAAAAAUAUUACUUCAGUCACUGUUGACUGCAAAAACACUUCUUUAAAUUACCUUUAUGGUGAAGUUUUGUUCUGAAAAUUUGUGAUGCACUUUUGUUUGAAGUAUGUAACUACAAAAGCAUUUCCCUUAAUUUGUGAAGGUGUUUCUUUAGUUCCCUUCUGUUUCUUUGGUUGCCUCUAACAUAGACUACAUUGUUGAAUCACAGAGAAAGGAUCAAAUACCAACAACAUUCCCUACUGUAUGUAAGUUAAAUGAACAGAAGGUUUUUGAAAUAAACUAACAGGUCAAGGAUGA